AUGCUCAGCUGCGGGGCUAUAGUCUGGCGAGCGAGGGCAGCUGCCCGGGCUCUGCCCAGCAUCCUCCACAGAAAUUACAGCAGGAAGGAGCAACGAUCUCCAUGGGUGAACCCCUGCCGGCCUCGUCAACUCAGCUCAGAUGGCUCUACUCACAAGCUAACUCCGCCCGUGGAUAUGCUAAAGCAGACCAAGGAGCGGGUGCACACGCCGGCGACGCUGGCCUACGCCGUGCGCCGGCGUGACCCGGAGCUCGUCGGCCCGGCUGCCCAUACGCCCCGGGAGACGAAGCGUCUGUCGGACCUCGACGACAUGGAAGACUUGCGCGUGCAUGUGUCCUUGGCCCUCUUUUACCGCGGCGGAGACGACGGCGUCGACCCGGCCGGCGUCAUCCGACGCGCGCUCGGCGAGGCGCUGGUGCGCUACUACCCGUUGGCCGGUCGGCUCAGGGAGGCUGAGGAUGGGAAGCUGGUGGUCGACUGCACCGGCGAGGGGGUGCUCUUCGUGGAGGCCGACGCUGACGUGCGGCUGGCAGAGCUGGAGGCGGUCGGGCUCAGGCCGCCGUUCCCUUGCUGGGAUCAGCUGCUCUUCGACGUGGAGGGCUCCAGCAGCGUGCUUAACUCUCCCUUGCUACUUAUACAGGUAACGCGUCUGCUGUGCGGCAGCUUCAUAUUCGCGCUCCGCUUCAACCACACCAUCUGCGACGGGAUCGGCAUCGCCCAGUUCAUGAACGCCAUGGCGGAGCUCGCACGAGGUCUCCCGUCGACGACCGUCGAGCCCGUCUGGUCCCGCGAGCUCCUCGAGGUGCGCGACCCGCCUGCGCCGUCCUUUACACACCGCGAGUUGGACCAACUACUUGAGCCGCCUCCGCCGGCCGGCGAUAUGGUCAUGCGUUCUUUCACUUUCGGCGCAUCGGACCUCACCGCCAUCAAGAAAAGCCUCCUCCGCGACACCGCCACCACCUUCGAGGCCCUCGCCGCGUUCCUCUGGCGUGCUCGCACCGCCGCGCUUGAGCUCCCUCCAGGCGGGACUGCGUCGCUGGUUUUUGUCACUAACUUGAGGAGCGCCGCCGCCGAGAUGAGCCUACCCACGGGAUACUACGGCAACGCUAUUGUGCACUCCACGGUGCUGGUCGACCCGGCGGCGCUACGUGGCGGCUCGCUGGGCGACGCCGUGGCGCUGGUGCGGCGGGCCAAGGCCGCGGUGACCGCCGAAUACGUUCGUUCCAUGAUCGACGAGAUGGUGCUGCUCGGCCGGCGGUACUUGUGGCCGGCCAACAUGUUGGUGAUCUCUGACGCCCGACGUCUCGGGUUUCACCGCGUCGACUUCGGGUGGGGCGAGCCGGUUUACGCUGGCCCAGCCGACGCUGCCUUCGGUCUGAGUUUCUUCAUCGCCGUCAAGGAUCGCGGUGGGGACGACGCAGUUGCCGUGCCGGUCGUGCUGCCCCGGCUGGCAAUGGAUCGGUUCGCCGCUGAGGUGGAGAAGCUGUUAAACACUGUGAAGCCUCAGUUAUCUUAG